UUUCCUUAAUUUGUAGUUGUUUCUCUUCAAUCCUUCAUAAUCCAAACCAUCAAUUUUUGCCGAAGGAGAUGGCUGUGACACAAAUUGUGGUGUUUAUUUUUUUAGGAGUUGUACAAUGUAAAGCGAUGUUGAACCCAGUAGUAUUAGUCCCGGGAGAUGGAGGCAGUCAAAUACGCGCCAGACUCAACAAACCUCAUAAGGUUGCCCCUUACUGCAAGAAGCAAACACAAACCUUUACAGACCUCUGGCUUGAUAUGAAAGAACUCACACCUUUGUGGAUAAACUGCUUCGUAGAUAACAUGAGGCUGGAGUAUGACAACGUUACGAGAACCACCAAGAACUCUCCGGGAGUGGAAACCAUGAUCCCAGGCUUUGGUACAACUGAAACUGUGGAGUAUCUGGACAGUGUGAAAAUCCCUCUGACAAAGUACUUUAACGACAUUGUACAGGCCAUGGUGAAAUGGGGUUACAAGAGGAACGUUUCGGUGUUUGGAGCUCCGUACGACUUCAGAAAAGCGCCUAAUGAACUGAAAGGGUAUCUCACCACCCUCCAGCAGUUGAUAGAGAGGGCGUACUACAACAACAACAACCAGCGGGUGUACAUGAUUACCCACAGCAUGGGCAGCCCUGUCACCCUGUACUUACUCAACCGCAUGACUCAGGCGUGGAAGGACAAGUUUAUUAUGGGCUUUAUCUCCCUGGCCGGGGUCUGGGGCGGCGCACUCAAACCGAUUCGGCUCAUGAUAACCGGUGACAAUCUGCAUAUUCCGCUAAUAAGCCCUCUGAAACCUCGCCGUAUGCAGCGGAGCAUGACAAGUACCGCAUGGCUCAUGCCCUCUGACGAGUUCUGGAAGCCCGAUGAGGUGCUGGUUGUCUCCCCUGCCCGCAACUACACGGUCCGAGACUACAAGCAGCUCUUCAAGGAUAUUGACUAUGAGACUGGUUACAUGACGUGGGAAGACACUAAGGGUCUGGUCAACCCUCUUCAGGCCCCGCAGGUUGAAAUGCAUUGCUUACACGGCGUGGAUGUUCCCACGGCCGGUAGGUUCUUGUAUGAUAAAAGCACGUGGCUAAAGAAGAAUCCCAAGUAUGUAAAGGACAACGGAGACGGAACCGUGAACAUUCGCAGCCUCCUCGGCUGUCUUCGUUUGCGAGACCAACAGAAUCAGACGGUUUACCACCAAACCUUCCACGGUGUCGAACAUUUGGACAUACUGCACCACAAAGACGUGAUAGCUUAUAUAAAGGGCGUUCUUAUGAAAUGAAGAUGACGAACGAUUCAUAGCGCACAUUGAUGUAUGGAGGAAUAUUUGAAGGGCAAUGCAUAUGACGAAACGAUGAUUGACCUUUGAUAACA